UCUUUGAAAAUGAUGGAGGAAGAAAUAUCAUUUACAGAACAACUGGAGCUCGAAGAACUGGAAAGGAAAAAGAAAGAGGGUGCAUUAACAAAAACAGAUGAAGAUGGCACUGUUUAUGAUUGGGAUGAAGAGAAGAGAGCAUGGUUUCCAAAGAUUGAUGAGGACUUCAUAGCUAAGUAUCAGAUGAAUUAUGGAGCCAAUGAAGAAGAGGGCGAUACAAAUGAUCAGGACAAGUACAGGGAGUACUGGGAAAAUUAUCACAAACAGCAAAAUGAAAGUGAAAGUAAUGCUGAAGGAGUUGACAUAAAUAGUGAAGAAUAUUACAAACAAUAUACAGAAUAUUAUAAGAAUUAUUAUGCUCAGUAUUAUGAGCAGCAACAGCAGGAUCAGAAAGAAGAGGAAGGGGCCAAAAGUGAGGGGGAAAAGAAGGGGAAAAAGAGAAAAGGAAGCAAAUUUUUAGCCCAGAAACCCGCAGAAGAACCACAGUGGUUUGAUGUGCAAGAUGAGAAAAACACAAAUGUGUAUGUGAGUGGUCUCCCUGUGGAUAUAACAGAGGAGGAGUUCAAGGAACUGAUGAACAAGUGUGGAAUGAUCAUGUUUGACCCUCAGAAGAAGGCUCUCAAACUGAAGCUUUACAGAGACCAGAAUGGGGAACCUAAAGGGGAUGGCAGGUGCUGUUAUAUCAAGGUUGAGUCUGUGGAGCUAGCACUAAAGAUUUUAGAUGGAUAUGAUGUACGCGGACACAAAAUUCAUGUAGAAAGAGCCAAGUUUACAAUGAAGGGAGAUUUUGAUCCAAGCAAAAAACGAAAGAAACUCACCAACAAAGAGAAAAAAAGGCUGAAAGAGAAACAGCAAAAAUUGUUUGACUGGCGACCAGAGCGACCAAUUGAUGCCAGACAAAAAUGUGAAAAAGUUGUCAUCUUGAAAAACAUGUUUUCUCCAAAAGAGUUUGAUGUAA